UUUUCUCUUUACUCUUCCUUUUUUUUUUUUUUUAAUUUGAUUGAAUCAUGACUACUGUUGCCUCACCAUUAGAAGUAGCUCCACCACCACCACCAGUACCUAUCACAUCAUCUGGUACAGGGAUUGCCAAUCUUCCUAAUCAACGACAUAAGAUUGUUGCGAAGAAUGGAGCGAAUUUCACAUUGAUGGUAUGUGGAGAAUCAGGUGUAGGAAAAACUACAUUUGUCAAUACAUUGUUUACAUCGACUAUCAAGGAACCCAAGAACUUGACUAAAAGACGACUCAAGACACCAGCAAAGACAGUGCAAAUUCAAAUCACUAAAGCUGAAUUGGAAGAAAAGAUGUUUAAAGUCAAGUUAACGAUCAUUGAUACACCUGGAUUUGGUGAUUAUGUGAAUAAUCGUCAUGGAUGGAUUCCUAUUGUGGACUUUUUGGAUGACCAACACGAAAAAUAUAUGCGUCAAGAACAACAACCUUGUCGUAAAGGAGUGAUGGAUAUGCGGGUGCAUGCUUGUUUAUACUUUAUUAAGCCUACUGGUCAUACUUUAUCUCCAUUGGAUAUUGAAGUCAUGAAAAGAUUGGGUUCAAGAGUCAAUUUGAUUCCUGUCAUUGCCAAAGCAGAUACUUUGACUCCCGCUGAUUUGGCCAAAUUCAAGCAGAAUAUUCGUGAAGUCAUUAGUGCACAAAACAUUCAAGUAUAUUCUUGUCCUAUUGAAAGUGACGAUGAAACUACCACCAAACGUAAUGUGAAUAUUAUGGCAGCAUUACCUUUUGCAGUGAUUGGUUCAACUCAAGAUGUGGUGACUUCAGAUGGACGAAAAGUGAAAGGUCGUGAAUAUUCUUGGGGUGUAGCUGAAGUGGAAAACGAUGAACACUGUGACUUUAGAAAAUUACGAAGUUUAUUGAUUCGUACUCAUAUGUUGGACUUGAUCACUACCACAGAAGAAACUCAUUAUGAAAAUUAUCGUCAAUCUCAAAUGGAAACUAGAAAAUUUGGUGAUCCUCGUUCUCAACCCAAUGAAAAUGCCAAGUUCAAGGAAGAAGAAGAAGCUUUACGUAAACGAUUCACAGAACAAGUUAAAAGUGAAGAAGCUAGAUUCCGUAGUUGGGAACAACAGCUCCUGGGUGAACGAGACCGUCUUCAUAAAGAAUUGGAACAACAAAGUGAACGUGUCAAGGAAUUGCAAGCUGAAAUUGAUGGUUACUACUACAAUCAACGAGACUCUCCUAAAACACUUAGAAAGUAGUAUAGUAAUUAGUAUUGACCAGUGUUAGUAUAUUAGUAAAUUGAUUUUAUAGCUCCCUUUUUAUUUUAUGUUUUUUUCUCAAUUUUCAUUAUAUCUUUUAUUUUCAUUCUAUUGCCCUUUUUUUUUUUUAUAUAUCUUAUUUCCUACCCUUUAAUCAUCCUAGUCUCUUUCUCUCUCUCUUUUUUUUCUCCUUUAUCC